AGGCGCUCUUUCAGCCCUUCCGCCAACCCGCUGCCAAACUCCACUUCCUCCCCCGUCCACGCUCCCGCCGCCAGCACGGCCAGCCAAACGGAGGAAAAGCCUGCCAGGCUGCCUGCGCACCUGCGUUUGCAGCCGGUGUUCUGGAGCAGAGACGACGUGGCGCAGUGGCUCCGCUGGGCCGAGAAGGAAUUCGCGCUACGGCCCAUCACGAGCGGAUCCUUCCAGAUGAACGGCAAAGCCCUGUUGCUGCUCACAAAAGAGGACUUCCGCUACCGUUCACCUCACUCCGGUGAUGUCUUAUACGAGUUGUUGCAACACACCCUGAAGCAAAGGAAAACACAGGUGUUCUACCCCUCAGGGUACUUUCCCGGAAAUUCCUUCCACCUGCUGCCCGAGAACGGCGCUCAGCACCUGAAGCAUGAAGAAACGGUACGACGGACACCCUGCGCGCCACAACCCCUAUCCCAGCACCCUCCGACCAUCGAGUUACGCCACCGCUCCCGCUCGCCCCACCGCCCGCCCGCGCAGCAAUCCCCACCUGAGCCAAACCAUCAACGAGCGGCCGGUGAGGACCACCUUCAGGCCUUCUCCCAGCUGCCAGACAGUAACCACCACCUGCCUGACGACGUGUACCCCCUCCCCGUUUCCCCCGGCGUGACCCCCAGGGAAGCGCCGUGUCUGGAGAGCCCCAGAGGUCAAGAAUUAGGCCCUCCUCCGCGCGUCAUCCAGCUCAUGCCCAGCGCCAUCAUGAACCCUCUGUUUCCAAACACGGGCAGAGGCGGCACUGCCGCCGCAUUGGACUUCAGACAUAGCCGGGGCGGGCAUCUAGAGAACGGCCGCGAUUUCAAAGCCCACCAGCAGAUGCAUCCGCAUCAUCACCUUCUAAAUCAGCAGGACGAGACACUUUACAGGAACAUCAUCAUGCCCGUGUCUCCUCCGGAGGAUCACCAGUUGCCCAUAGGGCGGAUAGCAGACUGCAGGCUACUAUGGGACUAUGUCUACCAGCUCCUGUCAGACAGUCGGUACGAGAAUUUCAUCCGCUGGGAGGACCCAGAGAGCAAAAUCUUUCGCAUUAUGGACCCCAACGGGCUGGCCAGACUGUGGGGCAACCACAAGAACAGGACCAACAUGACGUAUGAGAAGAUGUCACGUGCACUGAGACACUACUACAAGUUAAACAUCAUCAGGAAAGAACCUGGACAAAGACUUUUAUUCAGGUUCAUGAAGACCCCAGACGAGAUCAUCAACGGCCAGACGGACCGCCUGGACCGUUUGGAGCACCUGGAGGCGGACACGUACGAACAAAUUUACAUCAAAGAGGAGUGCUGA